AUGCCUCGGCCCAAGAAGGAAUCGCAGCCGCCGGCCAAGAAACGCCUGACUCUUGCUCAAUUGGCGGCAUACGAUGACAUGCUCACGGAUGCCCUGGUAGACCAUGUAUACUACUGGACGUCGAUACCGAAGAACCGCUCGACGUACCAUCCCUCUCGAGGAAUUCGCGAAGAAGACAUCGCCAAGAUUAUCCAGGACGAGUUGGUACUCAACAAGGAUAUCGACCAGGCCGAGCGGCGGUUACUCGGAACUGGUGGCAUCUCCAGAUUUGUCAGCGCUCUGAAGACGGAGAAGGAGAAGGACGAUUUCCGGAAGCACCUGCGGCGCUAUGCCCAGAUGUAUCUUCCCGAUUGCCCUUUCGAGGUCAACACGACAAACCGCUACACGAUUGUCUCCCAUGAAGCUGCGGUCACUGCACGACGAUUCAUCCGGCGCAACGAGCCCGUCAAGUACCUUUCCGGCAUUCAGGUCACCAUCACCCCAGAGGAGGAAAAGGACAUGAUGACGCGCAAGAAGGACUUCAGUAUUGUGGUGAGCUCCCGGAACAAGACGACCAAUCUCUUCAUGGGACCGGCCAGAUUCGCGAACCACGAUUGCGACGCAAAUGCCAAACUCGUGACUACGGGUCACGCCGGCAUUGAGAUCAUUGCAACCAAGAACAUUGAAGCGGGAGAUGAGAUUACUGUGACGUACGGCGAGAAUUACUUUGGCGAGGACAAUUGCGAGUGCUUGUGUCAAACGUGCGAGGACCACAGGAGAAAUGGUUGGGAGCCCGAGGAAGGCCAGGCCGAAACGGCAGAGCUCCAGGACAUUGUCGAAGCUAAACCUGACGUCUACUCCCUUCGGUUGAGGCGAAGGGGAGACAGCAUGGGGGGAUCUUCGCGCAACUCAAGCGUCACUCCGGCCGCAAGACCCAGGAUCCUAAAAACAAAGAAAAAGUCCCGACUCAGCUUCCGCGAUUCCUCAAACGCUGAAUCGCCUAUGCCCGAAACGACGCCUCACGGGCGAAAACGAAUGAGGGACGCACUUGCCACUCCUCCGGUUACGCCGGCCAAAAAGAUGAGACACGCUCCGGAAGCAGCCCCUGCAAACGAGCGCGCUCUGUCUAGUAGCAGUUCGUCUCCAUCGAGGUGCACCUCUGCUAGUACCACCGGAGAAGCAGUCGAGACCGACGUCACGACGCCAAACCAGGAUAGCCCGGAACCACGGUUCUUCACCCCCAACCAGAAGCCAAUGGCUAUUGAGUCGAUCCUGAACACGCCUACAACAGAAGAAGAGCCGACGCUUGCAAUCAGUAUAGAACACGCGGAAGAAGAAACUAUUGUGCAGGAAGACAAAGUGCAGAAGGUACGAAAGAAGUACGAAAAGCGAGUCUUCAUCAAGCAGACGACACCACCAGCAAAGCAGCGAACCCCAGGCGAUUAUGUCCUUACGCCUCUGUUGCUCUCUGAGCCCGAGAUGGCCUGGAUACAGUGCUCUAACUGUCCGACAUACUUUGUGCAACAGAACGCAUACUUCACCCGCUUUUCCUGCCCGCGAUGCGAGCGCCACUCCAAGAUUUACGGAUACAUCUGGCCAAAGACGUACAAGGCUGGUCCCAACGACAAGGAGGAGCGCGUGCUGGAUCACCGCACGAUCCAUCGCUUUUUGCACACGAAUGAUGAGCGCAAGAUUCGAGGUCGGAAGCCACUCUGGGAGUCCGAGGAAGAGCAGAGCGAAGAGGAAGCGGAGGCUGAGCAGCCAAAGCGUGGCCGGCGUGCCAAGCGAGAGGAGACGGUGAAGUCGAGGAAGACGGUGACAAAAACCGCCACGAAGACGUCCACCAACAGGGCCAGAGCGCCGAGCGCAGCGCGCAGGCAGAAGGCCAAACAGGCAGUGAAGGACUCGCCCGAGACCGAGGAGGAUACCACGGAACUUCGUCGCAGUGGCCGACCGCGGAGAGUUAGUAGCCGACUUCUCUAG